AUGUCCAAGUCAAGUCAGCCUCUCGUCACCAGGACGGCCCCUAUCGCCAUUGCCCCCAAACCUGCCCGACCCCCGUACCGCCAAGAGAGCUUGGACUCCUAUCGUCACGGCGGCAGCAUGCCCGGCCGGGAAUCGGCGGACGCUUCGUACACCGGCAAAGCCCCAAAUCCCUGUGACAUAUGCCAACGCUUCAGGAUCAAGUGCACGCUGAGCGACGACGACGAGGAGGGUUGCCUUCCAUGCCAAAACCGCGGUUCCGAGUGCUCUUUUGUGUCAAGUCCGCCGGGCCGGAAACGGAAGCUUAACGGGGCUCUGGCCGACGACGGCAAGAGAAGGUCUGUCCCUCGUCUCCAUAUACAAUUCUUGCCCUUCUUCUCACCGGGAAAGUCUGAGAUUCGACGAAGGGGCCAGCAUCAACAAUCGAGUCUCUCGAGCAUGGCAAACUCCUUCAUUGAAGACAUGGCCAACGUUGGAGGACCAACACAACUUAGAAGGACUCUCGGUCUCCAGAACGACCGCUACAGCCAAUAUAUCGGGCCGACGACUGAUUUCGAACCGUCUCUUAUCAACCUCUCUCCGUUCGACCCCCACGACGAAAGUCUCUUGUCUCGAGGGACCCUGCGCAAGGUCAGCGACGAUGAGACUUUUCUUAUGCUUCCAGACCACAACUCUCUCGGUUAUGAACAUAUCUUAGAAGACGUCGAGGAAGUAGAGGCCAUUAUUCGACCGCACGGCCGCAAGCUAGUGGACCUUUACUUCCGCGUCGUUCACCCGGCCUUCCCCAUCAUCCAGAAAACGGUGUUCUAUGAGAAGUAUGAGCGAGGCUACCGCGAAUUUUCUCCGCCUCUUCUGGCUGCCGUCUAUAUUCUGGCGAUCAACUGGUGGGAUCAUGACGAAGAACUAGCCGGCCAGCCACGGCCCGAUGCCCGUGAGCUCGAGCGGCUCGUCCGCACCACACUUGCCGACGCCAUGUACCGACCGAAGCUGUCAACCGUCCAGGCCGGGCUACUAUUAUCACAACGGCCAGAAGGAGAUCAGUGGGCGCCCACGGCCCAGCUGGUGGCUAUAUCGCAAGAGCUCGGCCUGCAUCUCGAUUGCUCGAACUGGAAGAUUCCGCCGUGGGAGAAGGGCCUGCGGAAGCGACUCGCAUGGGCGCUGUAUAUGCAGGACAAGUGGGGUGCUCUGGUCCACGGCCGGCCGUCUCACAUUAUGCCUGCUAACUGGGCGGUGCAACCGCUGUCGGACAACGACUUUCCGGAUGUGGAGUGGGACGAGGAUGACGUGGAAGGGCAACGAGAGAUCGAAACGGGAAGAACGCUCUUCAACCAGAUGGUGGUUCUCACCCAAAUUCUCGCGGAGAUACUCGACACCUUCUACACACUGCAGGCGAAUCAGCAUGUCAAAGACGCCGGGGCACAGGGGACCCAUCUUAUACUAUCUCUCGCCAAACCCAUCCAGUUGAAGUUGAAGGAAUGGUACGCCGGGCUACCGAGCUCGAUACGCAUGGACAACUCUUUCAGCACUUCCAGUCUCUCUUCAGUGUCCUCGGACAGCCGCAGCCGCCUCUCCAGCAUCGGUCACCUUCACCUUGGCUAUUUCGCGACCGAGAUCACGCUUCACCGCCGUAUCAUCCGGUCGAUCGUGGCACCCGAGUCGACACUAGAUCCGUACGUCGAACAUAUAUGUCGUAGCGCCGCCAAAGCCCGGCUCCUUUCGGCCAUGGACUUUGUCAACCGGCUCACGCCGGCGCACCUGCGGUCUUUCUGGUAUUUCGCGUCCAAGACAAAUUUUGCGCUGAUCGGCACCUUCGGUUCCUUGCUCUGGGCUACCGGUCCCGGCCAGGAGGAGGCGGAUUGGUACCGGCGUCGGUUGGGCGAGUACCGGUGGACGCUCUCGGUGAGCUCCAAGCCGGGAGAGGGCAAGGGGCUGACGGAAUUCGCCAUGAUGAUGCUCGACAUCUCGACGGGAUUGUUGAAGAAGCUGCCGGAGAAGCCGUCGAUCAGCCGCAGCGGCAGUGCCGUGGACAUGGCCCACAGCAGCCUAGCCAGUGGCAGCUUGGGGGGCAGGGGUAGGCCUAGCGGGUUAUCCAGCGGCUUCUCGGUGCUGAGCGGCAUGGGAGGGGCUCCCUCGGUGGGGACGUUUAGCGGGUUUCCGAGUGCGGAUGCCAGCCAUGCUCACAGCCCCCUGAGCCUCGAGGACGUGGACGAGAGCAGCGAUGAGGAUAUGUAUGACGGGUUUGCUCCGACGGCCGGUAUGGCUCGUAGUGGUAACUGA